UCAAGUUUUCCACCACUAUCGCACCUUUCACAUUAAAUAUUCGCUUCUAAAAUCGGUACACUGAAAGCUCAUGUGUCAUAACACGCAGAUCACGAACGACUCUGACUGUCUACGCAUUCGUAUUUGAACGUUUUUCAAUGAUUUGGCUAUAACCAGAGACUGAAAUCUCACAUCAGAGCGCAUACACGGUCACAGCGGACAGACGGCACUGGCCCCGAUGGCCAAGAACACACUCUCAUCGCGCUUCAGAAAGGUGGACAUUGAUGAAUUCGACGAGAAUAAAUUCGUGGACGAUCACGACGAGGCAGCCGAUCAGCAAGGACCCGAUGCGACGGAGGUCGACAACCUUAUCAGGCAAGGGGACAUGAUGUCGGCCCUCCAAGUUGCUCUUAGAAACCCUCCAAUCCACAGCAAGAACCCAGCAAUAAAGGAAAGAGCUCAGAAUGUGGUGCUAAAGGUGCUGACAUCAUUUAAGAGCAGUGAUAUAGAGUCUGCUGUUAAAUCUCUCGACAAGAACGGAGUCGAUCUUCUUAUGAAGUACAUCUACAGGGGGUUUGAAAAACCAACAGAAAAUAGCAGUGCCAUAUUACUGCAAUGGCAUGAAAAGGCAUUUGCCAUUGGAGGACUAGGAUCUAUCGUUAGAGUUAUGACAGCCAGAAAGACCGUAUGACUACCCGACUAGACCCAAAAACAUGCCAUUAAAAGACACCAAGGACUUAAGGCAAGCUUGCCUAUUACUUUAAAGGAAAGAAGAGAUCAUCGUUUUUUAUGCAAAAACAAACUGUAAACAGUAGGGAAACACAGAAGCACUCAUUUCAAAGUGAAAAAGAUAAACUUGAACUGUGAAAGUUAACUUAUGCCAGUAUAUCAUAAAUUGUUCUAUGAUGUACUGGCAUUUUAAAAAAUCUCACUUAGGCAUGGUUUUGUGUAAAAACAAUCAUUAAGAAUAUAGACAUAAACAAAACAAUCCCAGUGUACAUGCUUUGAGUUUCAUGGUGAAUACAGGAUUCUACACAUUUAUGAUUAUGCGAGUGAAAGUAAACGCGUGUCAGUCUGUAUUAGAUCGAUGAUAUCUGAUUUGAGGUGACCAGUUUAAAAUUUUAACUUUAUUUUAUUUCACAUCUUUGGUGCCACGCUCUUUCGUUUGUGCAGAGAUUUAAUAAUGUAGUGAUGUACACCAAAGGCGUAGAGUGGGGAUCAUUGUAAAGUGCCUGCUACAAUAAAAAUAUUGGAUCUCCUUUA